GACGUCGCAACCGAUCGCCCGCUUUCAGUCGGGCUGAUAAAAUUCGAUUGCUUUUACAAUUCCCCCACCCACCGCACAAACAACUUCGCCUGUUCGAGGAGACGCAUCAAGCAACAACAAAAAAGGGCGCUCGCCAAUUGUUAAUAAAUAAAUAAUCGCCGCUCGACAUUCCCCCUCCAGCCCCAUAACGCCCCGCGCGCGCGCUGUCCCCACCCCGCCCCGCCCGACUUGAACAUGGCGGCCGUGCGCUGAGGAGGUGUUCGCCGCUCGCAUCUCGGUGGCCUUUCUUGCUUUCUUUUGGUAAACCUCCUCGCGUCCUCCUCCUCGUCGUCGUCUUCUUCGUCGUCGCCGCCGUCCCCCGCGCGGGUUCCUUGCUCUCAUCAAAACAAGCGAGCGAGCUAUUGAGUUAAUGAGUGAGAGCAUGAACGAGUGAGCAAGUGCUUGAGCGCCUGAGCGAUUAAGUGAGUUGGCAAGCGAGUGGCCGAGCGAGAGAACACGAGACCAAUUGAGCCAACGAGUGAACUUGCUCGCGCCGCCAUGAGAGAAUACAAGGUGGUGGUGCUGGGGAGUGGCGGCGUGGGGAAGUCUGCGCUGACUGUGCAAUUUGUGACGGGCACCUUCAUCGAGAAGUACGACCCCACCAUCGAGGAUUUCUACCGUAAGGAGAUCGAGGUGGACUCGUCGCCCUCCGUGCUGGAGAUCCUCGACACGGCCGGCACAGAGCAGUUCGCUUCCAUGCGAGACCUCUACAUCAAGAACGGCCAGGGCUUUAUCCUCGUCUACAGCCUCGUCAACCAGCAGAGCUUCCAGGACAUCCGCCCGAUGCGGGAGCAGAUAACGCGCGUGAAGCGCUACGAGAAGGUUCCCAUUAUCCUGGUGGGGAACAAGGUGGACCUGGAGGGCGAGCGUGAGGUGGCCUACGGCGAGGGCCGCGCGCUGGCCGACGAGUGGGGCUGCCCCUUCAUGGAGACGUCGGCCAAGCGCAAGGCCACGGUGGACGACCUCUUCGCCGAGAUCGUGCGGCAGAUGAACUACGCGGCGCAGCCCGACGCUGGGCAGGCUUGCUGUGCUUCCUGCGUGCUGCAGUGACGGACGGGGCCCCGCGCACAGACUUCCUGCCAACAAAGUUUCGUGGCAAAACGGAGGACGGAGAAAUUUACACGGAUUAAGCUUCACGAAUAUUUUGUUGUUUUUUUAAUUACGAUUUUAAUUACCAUUAUCGUUCUUAAGUUUGUAAGUAAACUAGUUUGUUCCCAUGUGAAAGCGUAUUUUCCGAAAUAUACAUCUCAUCAACAAGAAAUGCAAGUGAAGAGAGGGGGGAAGACAGCCUUCCCUUCCACUCUCCGGAGCUGCACAAUGGAACAUUCCGCGUGUGGAGCGGACCCCAGAGGUUGGGCCGCGCCACUUGCGAAGGAGGGGGGGAGGGGGGGAGCCACCAGCGCCGCUGCCGGCGAAGAGGAUUAGAACUUUAACUACAGAUUGUAAACAACGCAACUUCUCACGGGGUGGCAGCGGGAUGGAGAAUUGAGCCCACGUUUUGGAAUGUUAGGGGUCUGCGUCACAACAACAGCAACAAAGACAACAGAAACACAGUAACUUUUUUUAAAACACGGACAUUUUUUCGUUUUAAUUUCGUCGCACGCCACGCUGGCGAUACGGAACCGCGCACAACUUUUGCCAAAAAAAAAAAACCGGCGCCAUCUCGGGAACUCGUGAAGGCAAUGGUGGCGGCGGCAGCGGCGGCGGCGGAGGAGGCAAGGAGUGAGAAACAGAAAGGAAACUGGAGACGGCGACGGAGUGAGGAGAUGGAGCGUUCUUUUUUAGCGCUUGCACGGAGACACGGAGCCACCGAGACAUGGAGCCGGAGGGCGGGCGACGUAGAGAGGGGGAGCGGAGGUGUUCUACUUUAUCAUUUGAUUUGUUUUUAUGUUGCGAGAGACGAUCGUGCGGAGGAUUUAACCUGGGCGUGCGCCUCGCGUGAGGGAUACGAGUUUUAUUUUGAAUUUAUUUUCCCCGCACCUGCCGUGAUUUUAUUGUUAAUAUCUGUCGGGAUGUGGCUGGGGGUCGCGCGGGAGGGGAAGGAGAAAAUUUGAGUGGAGAUGAAAUUUUAAAAAUUCAUACGAGCGGCGUACAGUGUUAACGCGUGUGUGCGCACACGUGCGUCCGUGUGUCUUGCCUGCGUGUACAUUGCACAGACGAGGCGGCCGCGAGUGAUGCUGGCCACACCACCACCCCCUCCCUCGUGCGCCGUUCUGGCGUUCAUAGGUGCUCGCCAACAGCACUUGUCCCCAGCAGCAGCAGCAGCAGCAGCCUGUUUAGGCUACAUGGGGGAGGUCUUUGUACGUGCACAGUACCUCUAUUCAGGUGCAUUGUGUGCACGCAUGCGCGUAUUUGUACCAUUGUACGUGCGUGUACGUAUGCAUUAAUGUGAGAUGUGUGUACAUACACGCGUGUGCGUAUACAUAAAUUAGCAUUUGUGCGCGCCUGUGUUUGUGCGCGCGCACACGUGUACUCGUUUGUAUGAAGGCAUAUGCAUGCAUGCAGAGGUAUGUCGAUAUGUGUAUACAUGUGUACAUGCCUACAGAUAUGUUUGUUAUGUGUACAUGUAUAUAAAGUUACCUUCAUACUCGUAUACAUGCAUAUAUGUGUUCAUAUAUUAGUGGUUACUUAUUCAGCCCCGCAAUUAGAUGCAGUGCUACGAUUCGGGGCUAGUGAUUCGAUUUCAAGAAUCUAUUCCUUUUUCCAAAAUUGAGGUGAAUGAUAGUGCCUCUAGUGGCUGUGGGGGUGACGUUGAACCCAUUGCAUACAACGUGUGUGAUUCGGUGCAUGUUUCAAGAGCUUGGGAACCAAUAUUGAUGCAUCAUACCACCACUAAUAUAUACUGUAUGAGAUUACAAACAAUGUCAUUAAGUACAUGCUUGUACGUACGCACGUGUGUAUGAACACAAUGUGAGUAUAUUUGGACAUGCGUGUGUGUGUGUGUGUGCAAAUGCACGCGUGCGUGUGUGCGUGUGAACAUAUGUACAUACACAAAGGACACGUACACAUUGUACAUAGUUUUAUAAAACGACAACACAUCGGAACAGGCCACCCCGGUGUGACAGUUUUCGUGUUAAUCGAUGCGAGUCGGCAGGAAUCGUCACAUCGCAGGAGCGCGUGAGACUGCGUUUGGCUUGGCAAGGUUUGGCACGGCCUUCAUCCAGCAGCAUUAUUGAUCAUGGCUAACGGUGAAUGCAUAUCUCGCAAUGAAGGCGCCGGGAGGAGGAGGAGGAACUGAUGAUGAUUGUGUUCCCCUUAGUUGCAACCGUGCGCACAGAGAUCUGUUGAUUCUAGCGACUUCUCCAAUCGAAGAGAUCCGUUAAUGCGUCACCUCCAUUCACUUUCAUAGAGAUGUUGAUGCAGGUGAUUUUCAUUCACUCUGGUAGAUAUAUCAAUGUUUUUUUUUUUACUGACAUUCGUUUUAGAUCUUAUUUUAAGUUAACUCGAUUCGCUUCAAUCGAUCUACAUUUAGUGAUAGUAUUCGAGUGUCUUGUAUUUGCUUUUUCAUAAGAUUAAUCAUGUCUGUGGUGUCAAUGUUACUGUCGUGCAUAUUAACAAGCAUUGUUCUGGAAAUAACUACAAUGAAUUUACAAGCCUCUUGAGUGAGUACUGAGAUCUUUAUGAAAGUUUAGAGCCACUACGUAAAAAGAAAAUAUUUAUAUGAAAGUGAAGGGACUUUGGUUUGUACAGUAUAACGGAUCUCUUAAAAAGUGUUUGUAAACCUCUUACAGAUCCUAGAAAGUUCAUUUCUGUCACUUUUGAAAGUGAAUGCUUUUCUGUAGAUCUCCCGUGUCACGAAUGGGUUUUCCAGAUCUCUCUGGAAGUGAACGGAGAUGUCGAUGCCAUAUUUCGCAGUUUUGCCACUUUUUCUCGGUGCCUUGGGCAGCCAAGUCCAGGCCUUCGACAGCUCAGGGGGCGGGGGAGGUCAGCCAGCCUGACCUCGCCCCUAACCACGAUCCCUCUCCGCCGAUCCCGAUCACCUUUGCACACUCGUGCAGGCGAGACCCAUCAUCUCAACUCAUUUGGGGGGAGGAGGGGGGGGGUCGUCUAAUUCAAUACAAUUUUGAAACUAUGAAAAUUUCUACGGAGACGGAUGACAUUCGGCGGCUACAUUUUGUUGGUCGGUUGCUGAAAAGGAGGGGUUUUUUUGGGCGGGGGGGAGGGUGAAGUUUACCGGCUCAAGACGAAUUUAGAUGGCGAUCUGGCAUCGAGGCCACGGCCGGCGGUGGUGACCGCUGGCCCGCGUGCGUGCGUGCACACGAGAGAUGUCACUAUUUUUUUAGUCGAGCGGAGACUUGAGGCCAAAGGGGGUGGGGGGGGGGGGGGGGGGGCGUUGGGGGAGUGUCGACGUUUGCCGCUCAUUUUCACGGGGGGGGGGGUUCACCGUUUCGAGUCGAUCAUCGGAAUCAGAAUAUUUAUUCAUACUGGAUGAAUCCGAUGAGCUAUUACGAAGCUCUUAGUCCCCACGUGUGUCCAGUGUCAUUGCCGCUGACACCAUCAGGCAGGCAGGCAGUGGGAGAGCGAUGGGGGGGGGGGGGGGCCGUGAUCGCUCGGCGAGCGGUCAAGUCCAACGUCGCCCGAUUUUUUUUUAUAUUUUAGCAAGAAAACUAAAAAAAAAUUAAACUUGUUUUUAAAUUAAUUUUGCCUCGGUUUUGUGGCAAAUCCCAUUGUACAAAGUAAGCAGCUGCGAGAACGCACAGGCCGGGUGCGAAUUGUUUUCCUGUCGACACGAGCUUGGUGAAUCGCGAAGGCGCAAACUAUUUGUACUUGAUUAAAUUGCUGCAGUUUUAUUUGGUUCUCGGGCAAUGCCGCGCAAGGAGGGGCGGGAAUAAAAACAAAAAUUCGCCGAUUGUUGGUAAUGGACUCUCCGGUUACCGUUUUGGGCGGUCGUGGUUUGUUGGCAUGCGAUGAGAAAACGUUGCGACCGCAGCUCCGAUUCGUCGUUUAUCCUUCACAAUAAUAAGCAGUGUUAAUGGUGGUUCAGGUGUGCUCUCCAAAGUUCCCCUGAAAUGUUAAUUUUAGUUUCGUUUACAGAUUUGCUCCCCCCUCUAUGUUUACACAAGAAAGCAUUGUCGAAGUCGAGUCUCCAGACUCACAUUUUACAGGAGGAUCUUGACACCCGUGCGUUGUGUUGUAUAACUGGACCGAAACAAAAUUCUAGUUGUGUGUAACAUUGUGUCGCAAAGCCGGCUAUCUCCGCUCCUGCUCCAGGCAGAGCCCUGCAACCUCCCCCCCCCCCCCCCCCCCCCCCGUAUCGGAUGCGCUCCACCAAACCCACACCUUGUCCCACGUCGCUCAUUCCACGUCGUGGCCCGCAGAGUCGAGCGGUGUCGAUGGCAACGGUCGCGAAGUUUUUGGAGCCGUUGCGGCUUGGAAUUGGGGAACUGAAAGCAG